GCGAAGAGCUCCGAGUCGAUAAGAGAGAGAGAGAGAGAGAGAGAGAGAGAGAGAGUGAGAGAGAAAAAGAGAGUAAGAGAGAGAGAAAGGGAGAGAGAGAGGACUUUAAAUCCCGGCGAUCGCACGCGCCGCGUUGCUUUCCGGUGGCACCGAGUGGAGAGGGUUCAUAUAUAGAGGAUAUUUAUAUAUUUAUAUAUUUAUAUAUACACGCUCGGGGUCGUGCCGUUGUUUCGUUUGUUUGUUUGUUUGUUUGGGACCUGGCGCGCGCCUGAGCCGGUGCGCGCCGCGCGCUCCGUGGAUGGGGCCCGCGCGCCGCCGCGCUCCGCGCCGCCAAGCGGGCCGACGGUAACGCGCGCCGCCGCACGCCGCCAUGGUCGAGAGGAGCGGCAAGUUCCUGUUCGCCGUCGUCGGCUCGGCGCUCUUCAUGCUCAUCCUCUAUCAGUACGCGGCGCCCGGCGCCGUCACGUCCGGCUUCGGCUUGCCGCGCGCCUACGCGCCCGAGGACGCGGACGACGCCGCCGACACGUUCCCCACGCCCGACCCGCACUACGUCAAGAAGUACUACUUCCCCGCGCGCGACCUCGAGCGCGCCGUCGACUUCCAGAUCAAGGGCGACGACGUGCUCGUGUUCCUCCACAUCCAGAAGACCGGCGGCACCACGUUCGGCCGGCACCUGGUGCAAAACGUGCGCCUCGAGCUGCCCUGCGACUGCCGGCCCGGACAGAAGAAAUGCACGUGCUACCGACCGAACCGUAAGGAGACCUGGCUCUUCUCGCGCUUCUCCACCGGCUGGAGCUGCGGACUCCACGCCGACUGGACUGAACUCACCAACUGCGUGCCGGGGGUCAUCAACAAGAAGGAGAGCAAGCUCAAAAGCCAAAGGAAGUUUUACUACAUCACCCUACUGAGGGACCCUGUGUCACGCUACCUCAGCGAGUGGCGACAUGUCCAGCGGGGUGCCACCUGGAAGACUUCUUUGCACAUGUGUGAUGGACGAACGCCAACCCCGGAGGAGCUCCCACCCUGUUACGAAGGCACAGACUGGUCAGGCUGUACCUUGGAGCAGUUUAUGGAGUGCCCCUACAACCUGGCCAACAACCGGCAAGUGCGCAUGCUGGCCGACCUUAGCCUGGUGGGCUGCUACAACAUGUCUUUCAUCCCAGAGAAGAAACGUGCUCAGAUCCUCCUGGAGUCAGCCAAGAAAAACUUGCGUGACAUGGCCUUCUUCGGGUUGACCGAGUUUCAACGCAAAACGCAGUACCUUUUUGAGCGUACAUUCCACCUCAAGUUCAUCCGACCAUUUGUGCAGUACAACAGCACGCGUGCGGCCGGUGUCGACCUUGACAACGACACCAUCCAGCGCAUUGAGGAACUUAAUGAGCUGGACAUGCAGCUCUACGACUAUGCCCGAGACCUAUUUCAGCAGCGAUAUAUGUAUAAAAGGCAAUUGGAAAGGCGUGAACAGAGGCUAAAAAACCUUCGCCGCUCAUCUGGCUCCAUAGCUUUUCCCCAGUCCCGGGAUGAGGCAGGAGACUCUGAGUCCUCACGGCUGUCCACAGAAGACUACAUGAACCAUAUUAUUAAUCGCUGGUAGCAGAAUUAAGGAUAAAAUAGGAGUGGAGAAAUGAGAAAGGUAGUGCCUACCUCUGAGUCGGUGACUGGUAUUCUCAGCCCCCUAGAUUCUGAGCUACUGAACCUCACCUGGAAGACUACCAGUAAGCUCUUUCUGUCUCUAUCAUGCCUAGAAUGAUAUGAGGCUGAAAACUUUAAUGACUCAAUGCACUCAGUCUAAACAGAAUUGAGUUCUGUGGGUAAAAAAACUCCAAUGCUAAAGACUAUAGAAAUUCUGUGCAAGGAAUACUUUACAAGAAUGAUCAAUUCAACGUUGUAUAAUAAUUUGCCUAAAUGUCUGCUGCCAUUUCAGCCAUGGAUUUAAAUCAACUAUGUUCCAUAUCAUAUUUUUGGGUUUUUAGUUUCGUUUUUUUUUUUUUAGGGUUCUUUUAAAUGAUUUUGUUCCCACCUCCCACAAGAGGUGUUUUGAAAGCACUGAGACCAACUAUGCUGCCUAAAGUCUAUUGUAUGCAAUUUCUCUGCUUUGUCAUUGUUUCAAAAAAUCGAGAAUUGUUGAAUUUUAUUUUUGUCAUUAUGUUCAUUUUUAUGACCAGGUAUGUGUGGACCAUAGCCAUUUAUUUAAACCUACAUCAAUGUGUAUAAAGUUAAAGUUGAGAGCUAAAUCUGGUCUUUCAGGUUGUCAAAUGUCUUAUAUCAUUUUAUAACAACCAGGGAAAAUGUGGGUGUAAGGUAAGAACAGCACAGUUCCAAGUACUACCCUGUGUUCACACUGGCCACAGAAUGCCUUACUAAAGCAGUCAUCAUUUUCAAUGACAGAUAGCAAUUAUAGUAGCAAGAAAAUUAAGCGACCACUUUCAGAUUGGAGUGGGGCGAGGAGGAGCAAGCAGCGCAAAAUAUUAUGCAAGUAGGAGGCAAAGCAGCGAUGGGAUCAGGGGAUCGAUCUAUAUAUGCCCCACAGUUAUCCACGUUUUGUGGUUACAGAGAUUGGGUUCCAGUUCGUGAACUAGCCAGUGAUGCUCACUUACAUUUUAUUAGUGUAGUGCUUUGAACAGGUAGAAAUUUUGCUCUGGAUCUAUAGACAGGGCAGAGCAGAGGUGAAUGUGUCAAGAACAACUCAGUAAGACCACCUUUAACAAGGAACAAUUCUUGAAAGGGAACCCAGGCUCUUCUGGGUGACCCCCAGACAAUUUGGUGGAGUCCAGAAGAGUCCUUCAGAUUUCUUUUUUGUCUCUAAAUGAGUAGUUUUUUUGCAUACUUUUUGUAACUAUUGAUGUAGUUUGUGUAAGUCAUAGCGCACACUAGCUAGGCAAUAGCAGGGAAAACAUAGCAAUUGUCAGUAACUCAGGAUGUGAACCUACUAGUGAAAUGGACAGUGUGAAUGCAGGGUUCAUGGAUACGGGCUAAUGCCUAUACAGACUUAAAAUAGAUUUAAAAAGGAAAUCUGUAUGCGUGAUCUGAUUUUAACCAGUAAUAUGGUUUGCAUGUAGAGUGGAAACGGAACAGAAUGUCAACACAUCAUCUUAGGCUUUAUGGUAGCACUGCAGACUGUGUCAGGGAAGUGAAAAAGAGGACAAAACCAUUCAAAAUGUCAUUAUUGCUCUCAGUUCCCCUUGACUACCUGUUUUCGUAUGGGUAACAGUACGGAUGUGUCUGUUAUUUAUACAUUCUAUAUAGUUCAAAUGUGCACACUGUGGAUUUUCUUUUGUUUGUGUCAUGUCUUUGCCAUAGUCUGUGGGGACUGAAACUGAAAUCAGUAUCAAAUAAUCUCCUCCUCCCACCCCUGCUAAAUGCUCUCAUUCUAUCAACAACUGCACUUGACAACUAAACCCAACCAAGCUUGAGGAAUGAUAAAAAAAACGACAAAGAAAUGUAAGCUGGCACACUGGAAAUCUAACCAUCGUCAAGCUAGGAAAAAAAACCACAACUGUAUGUCUGGUUAUUCCGCCCGACAAUAAAAACUACUGCUUUGACAAAAAUGCAUAUUUAACCAAACGCAUAAUACUUUAUCCUGCAAAAGAAGCUUGGCGUGGAGUGUUCGGAAAGUAACUUUUUUUUAAGUCAUUCUCUUGAUUAAUGUCUUUUACUUUUAAAGUCUGGCAAUCUGGGGUCCACAGCCCAUAUAUUAAAGUCAAAAAUGAAGACUAAUUACACACCUUCUUAAAAAUGUCCCCUACGAUGGCACUGAACGUUAACAUUCGUUUCCGGGUUGUUUUGUUGAUCGCAUUCCAUUGGCUGAAAUCUUUUGGUUUUUCGCAUUGCACAAAUGUUUCACUGAAAGCCACAAAUUCAAUAAAUUCCAUUUUUUUAUA